UGAUUAAUCAAAUCUCCAGAAGGUUUAAAUGAGAUGGGCACUGGGAGUGGGGGCAGUCCUCCUUUCUUGCCGCUCCUUGGGAGCCACCCCACCCUCAGGAAAGAUGUCUACCGUGAGGAUCUUUUGCCUGGUCCUGAGCCUGGCAGGCACAGUUUGGACUGCAGAGACGGGCCCAGGUGAAUUUUUAGCUGAAGGAGGAGCUGCGCGUGGCCCCAGGCUGAUGGAAAGACAGCAGUCUUCCUGCCGAGAGACAGACUGGCCCUUCUGCUCCGACGACGACUGGAACCAAAAAUGCCCUUCUGGCUGCAGAAUGAAAGGGUUGAUUGAUGAAGUUAAUCAAGAUUUUACAAACAGAAUAAAUAAGCUAAAAAACUCACUAUUCGAUUAUCAGAAGAACAACAAGGACUCUAACUCACUGACCAAGAAUAUAAUUGACCUAGUGAGAGGGGAUUUUGCCAAUGCUAACAACCAUGAUAAUACAUUCAGCCAAGUGUCGGAGGACCUGAGAAGCAGGCUUGAAGUUCUGAAGCGCAAAGUCACAGAACAAGUACAGCAUAUCCAGCUUCUGCAGAAAAAUGUCAAGGCUCAGUUGAUAGAUAUGAAACGACUGGAGGUGGACAUUGAUAUUAAGAUCCGAUCUUGCCAAGGGUCCUGCAGUAGGUCUGUAACGCGUGGGAUAGAUCUACAGGACUAUGAAGAGCAGCAGAAACAACUUGAACAGAUCAUUGCCAAAGACUUGCUUCCCUCUAAAUAUAGGCAGCACUUACCAGUGUUAAAGAUAAGCCCGGCUUUAGAUUUCUUUCCCAGAGAUUUCAAGAGUCAGCUUCAGACAGCCCCUCCAGAGUGGAGGGCACUCACAGAAAUGCAACAGAUGAAAAUGGUGUUACAGAGGUCUGGAACAGACGGCAAUCCCCGAGGAGACUCUGCAUCUUAUGGAACAGGACUAGCCCCUGAAAGCACCAGGAAUCCUGAACCUGCUAGUACAGGAAAUAGGAAACCUGGCAGUUCCAGACCUAGUGGUGCUGGCACUUGGGAAUCUGGCAGUUCCAGACCUGGUGGUACUGGCACUUGGGAAUCUGGCAGUUCCAGACCUGGUGGUACUGGCACUUGGGAAUCUGGCAGUUCCAGACCUGGUGGUACUGGCACUUGGGAAUCUGGCAGUUCCAGACCUGGUGGUACUGGCACUUGGGAAUCUGGCAGUUCCAGACCUGGUGGUACUGGCACUUGGGACCAUUCAAGUCUUGGGUCUGGAAGUUUUAGGCCAGAUAGCUCAGGGCAUGGGAACACCAGGCCUACGAAUACAGACUGGGGCACAUUUGAAGAGGAUUUGGGAAGUAUAAGCACAGGGUCAAGGAAAGAGCACUACCACACAGGUAAACUGGUCACUUCUGACGGAGGAAAAGAGCUUCUGAUUAGUAAUGAGAAGGCCAACACUGGUGGCCCAACCCCCGGUCGUCGUUUUUCAUGCUCCAAAACCGUCACGAAGACUGUUAUAGGUGCUGAUGGACACAAAAAAGUGACUGAAGAAGUGGUAAACUCUGAAGAUGGUUCUGACUGUGGGGAUGCAAUCGAUUUAGGCUCAUACAGUCUUUCUGGCACGGGUGGCCUAGAUGACUUCCGUAGGAGGUUCCCUGAGCACGCUGAUUUUUUUGACAUGGGCUCAACUGAAAAAUUACUCUCGUUACCUGCGCACAGAGAAUUGGAGACUAAGACCCACUCUAUGAGCUCAGCAUCUGACUUUAUAACCGACUUAGGGGAAUCCAGUUCUCACCAAGUCAAAAAAACUUCUCUUGACGUCAGAGGAACUCGUACUACCACGAGAGGCCGUAGUAAAACUCGCCCAGCCAGAGACUGUGAUGAUGUCCUCCAAACACAUCCUUCAGGUGCCCAAAGUGGCCUUUUCAAUAUCAAGCUACCAGGAUCCAGUAAGAUUUUUUCAGUUUAUUGCGAUCAAGAGACCGGUUUGGGAGGAUGGCUUUUGAUCCAGCAAAGAAUGGAUGGAUCACUGAAUUUUAACCGGACGUGGCAAGACUACAAGAGAGGUUUCGGCAGCCUGAAUGACAAGGGAGAAGGAGAAUUCUGGCUAGGCAAUGAAUACCUCCACUUACUAACCCUGAGAGGCUCUGUCCUUCGGGUUGAAUUAGAGGACUGGUCUGGGAACUGGGUAUUUGCAGAGUAUCACUUGAGGGUAGGCUCUGAAGCAGAAGGCUACGCUCUGCAGGUCUCCUCCUAUGAGGGCACGGCGGGUGAUGCUCUGAUUGAGGGUUCCAUGGAGGAAGGCACUGAGUAUACUUCUCACGCUGGCAUGCAGUUCAGCACCUUUGACAGGGACGCAGACCAGUGGGAAGAGAACUGUGCAGAAGUCUACGGUGGAGGCUGGUGGUACAACAACUGCCAGGCGGCCAAUCUCAAUGGCAUCUAUUACCCUGGGGGCUUCUACGACCCCAGGAACAACAGUCCUUAUGAGAUUGAGAAUGGGGUGGUCUGGCUGCCCUUCAGAGGAGCCGAUUACUCCCUCAGGGCUGUCCGCAUGAAAAUCAGGCCUCUGGUAGCCCAGUAAGCUGACAGAGUGGAAAUGAGAGAACUCCGUUUUGUUUAGUGAAGUGGAGAGAAAAUAAGGAAGAUGAAGGAGUCAAGAUUCUCUACAACUUAAAAAUUCCCGGGUGCUAUUUUAUUAUUUUUUGUACUGUAGCUAAAUGUAACCGAGACAUAUUAGUGCUUAAAAAAAAUAAAGUUAUAUGAUUUUUUAAACCUUUAAAA